AAGACCGUCCUCCUUUCUUUUUCACUUUGGUCAAUCUCAUCCUGCACCCUCACAACCACGUGGACCUCUGACAUCUCUCUUCUACCAUCCCUGAAACAUCAUCGUCCAGGAUGCUCAAACAGCGGAUGAAAGGCUUCCUGAGUCGCAAUAAGAGCGACUCCGGUACGAACAGCACCAACAACUUCUCCGCGGAAAGCUCCGCCGCCGACUCUCCCGAAGCCAACGUCACUCGUGCCAUCCGCCUCUUCUGCGAAUCCGGUUCCAACAAUAAUGGCGGCGAGGAAGUGCUUCACCUGCCGGUGAUCGUCGAGGCGGCCGAAUCCUCCCCAUCUGCCGCCGCAAAUGCUGCUUCUCAAAUCCGCACGUUUCUCGGCAAAGACUGGUCGAAGAAGCCGCACGUCCAGUACAAUGCCAUCAUGCUCAUCCGCAUCCUGUGCGACAACCCGGGCCCAACGUUCACCCGCAACUUCGACAAGAGCUUCGUGAGCACUGUCAAGGAGCUGGUGCGGAACAGUAAGGACUUGAGCACGGUACAAAUCAUGAGGGAGACUCUCGAUGCGCUGGAGGUGAACAAGGCGGACGACGAGAACUUGCAGGGCUUAAUGCAGAUGUGGCGGAAAGAGAAGGGGAAUAAUGCGUCGCUGGCAGGCAAUCGUGCUUCCCACUUUGGCGGUGGUCAGCCGGUGAUGGGAAACGUGGGAGGGAACGGACCGCAUAGAGGACGACAGCUGCCAGACACAGUGGAGCUCGCCAGCCGAGUGGAGGAAGCGAAGAACACGGCGAAGAUACUGCUACAGUUGGUGUCGUCCACUCCCGAGACUGAGCUCCUUAACAGCGAGUUGAUCAAGGAGUUCAACCAGCGCUGUCAGAGUGCCCAGCGUAGCAUGCAGGGUUACAUCAACUGUGAUAAUCCGUCGCCGGACCACGACACGAUGCAGACUUUGAUCGAGACCAACGAGCAGCUCAGCUUGGCGACGAGUCGUUAUCAGCGGGCGACGCUCAGUGCCAGGAGGACGUUGGGCGUGGCUUCUGCAUCACCGCCCGUGGAGCCUAUUGGUCACAGCGCGUUUGCACCUCCACCUGGACUGCAGAGUAUGCCGGCACCUGUCGUCCCUCAGCAAGAACAGACCACAUCCGCCUUUGGCAACUCCAACAGCAAUGGAGCGCAGGGCUUACCCGCGCCGCUCAUACCUCAGCAACAACAGCAGUCCACAUCGGCCUUCGGCUCAGCCGGAGGUGUCUAUCAGGGCUACCAAGCACCAUCCGGUCCUCCACCCAGUCAACGAAUCCAGCAGCAAUCCGAACCAGCCGACAACCCUUUCAUCGACCCUAGCGAGCGACAGACCACCUCCCAACGCCCACACUCCCAAUCCUUCAACAUCGACUCUGGCGCCAUCCUCGCUCCGCACCAACCCAAGAUCAACGCACAAACUACUGGCGCCUUGGAGAACGCCUAUGCGUCUCCUGGCGGUUUAAAUGCGCACCCUCCUGCGUCCGAGCGCUCACCUGUGAGCCCGCAGAGUCCACCUCGCCCGCCGUUGGGCGCGGACCGUCAGAGUGACAUCACGCAGAGUUAUGUAGGAAGGCAGCAGAGCGCGGCUAAUGGAUUCACGAUGCACGGUGCUGGUGAUGGAGGGCAGCAGGGUGGUGGCGGGAGCAUCACAGACCGAGGGAGGGGUUAUUAGGAGUGAACAAGAACGAAAGAACGAAUUGUGCGUGAGUGGAGGAGUGUCAGCGGAGCAUGCUGUUCCAAGCGCGAGAGCCGCGAAGUUGCGAAGCAGUGCGAUUGAGACGAUACAUUGCUGAUGCGUUGCCAUCAGUGUACAGACGGAUGAAGCGUUGGUUGGAAAAGAGGAAUGGGUUUGGGGCCUUGAAGAUACCACUUGCUUUUAUCGCGC